AGGCAUUAGCCAAAACGAAUGAGUGUUUUUGUGUAUGUUAUACAUGAAUUUAGUAAAACGUUUCGCGUUAUACGAUUUACUUGGCGAGACAGAGUCGGCUUGGAACGCGGUUAGCCGCGAUAGUGUACAGAUAGUGAGUGAGUGAUACCUACAACAGUGUAGAUUUACCGCGAUAAAGUACAAAAUCGUUUUGUAGUGUUGUUUUUUGAAAAGUCGGCGAAUUCGUUCGGCGUGGCGUGCGACAAUACGCCUUUUCGUUUCGACCAGUGUAUAACUACUAUCCACAAUAGUAUUGGUAAUCAUGGCGAUUUAUUCCAAUUGGAUGGACUAUGGACAGACACAGCAGAAGUUACUUGACAUACGCGUAAUACCUAUAAUUAAUAUACUACGCAGUACUUUAAUAACAGUACACAUACAGUAGAGAGAAAUCUAUAAUCCAGAAGAGACGUACCUAAUUAAGAAAAUCGGUUACCCAUCACAAGUAUAUUGACAAUAUAAUUGAAAGUAAAGCGUUUAUUUUAAGACAGUUAUAAAUUUGUACAGCGAAAAAUAUGCUAACGAACGCUCAAUCUACUGGGAAUAAUAUCCAGCUUGUAGUAUAAAUCACGUUUUAAAGGUAGUUGAUAAUGACAAAAGUUUCGACGGCAUCUAAUAAAUCGUUACACCUAACCGGGAUCGGAUUGGCAGUCCAGGCGUUUUAUAUAAAUCUAACGCUGGACACCGUGAUGGGAGGUGAUUUUGUUCAGUUAAAGCCUGCAGGACCACCCAUCAUAAAUCCGGCGGGAGUCUGGAGCGUGGACCAAGUGCCCCAGGGAUAUGCUACAGCUGGCAGUAAUUUGGCGUUAAACGGAUUGCAAGCGUUACAGGCGUUCGGCGGGAACAAAAUCGAUGCCAACGGAUAUCGAGACCAGAACGGAUUCUACCGAGACAAUAACGGCCAACUAAACGGAUACGACGUCGGCAAUACUUAUGGCGGUGUCAACGACCGUGGCGUUACGAGUGUCGAGGGCGGAGCUUAUGGCGGGAUAAACGGACGGAACAAGGGACAUCAAGUCGCAGGGUUUAGCACUUCGUAUCAAAAAAACGAGAGCGGUAACAAAGCUACGUAUUAUGACGAUGGUCUAGGACACGGAGGAGUGAUUCAAUAUGGUGCUAAAGACCAAAGGUUCAGGGACGGCGAAGGCAAGGCGUUCGGAGGCGGUUACCACGAUUCGUCGGUGAAGACGAACGCGGUCGGUCAACAGGGCCAGUACGGUAACGGCGACGGUUACCACACCGCCGGCGGCCAGACCGGCGACGCCGUCAACAAUCAGCUGUACGGCACGCGGUCCGACAGCGGCCCGGCCGUCGUGGCCGGCGCGCCGUUCCUGGUGUCCAGCGGCGCCGCGGACCCGCUGCCGCCGGUCGUCCACCUGCCGCCGCAGUACGUGUCCCAGGCCGCGCCGCAGUACGCGCCCCAACCGCCGCCGCCGCUGCAGUUCGUGCCCCAGGCCGCGCCGCAGUACGUGCCCCAGGCCCCGUACCUGCCCCCGGCCCCGUACAUACCGCAGGCCCCGUUCCCGGCGGCCCAGGUGCCCAACCUGUACCAGAACAACAUUCCGCAAUUGCCGCCGAUCGUGCAGCAACAGCAACCGGGAUCGAUACUGCCGCCGUACAGCGUACAGUUGCCGGCCCUGACGCUGUCGGCCCGGUCGCCGUCCGGCCAGUACGUGGUGCCCAUGCCGCCCAAACUGUACGUGGACAAGCCCAACGCCACCUCGACGGACGGCUGACGGAAGAUCCAUAGAUCAUUAUAUUUUUGCGUUGUUGUCUAUUGAUAAUAUUACAUAUAUUUUAUUAUUAUUAUAUAA